AUGGCCAAGCGCACCAACGACCUGGUGCCGUACCGACGGUUGCACUUCUUCGCGCCCGUUUUCGCGCCGCUCACGCACCGCGGACAAGUCAACGACAUACGCGCGCGCCCGGACGCCGCAGAGCCUUUGCGGCUCGCCGCCCAACUGUUCGCCGCGGUUUCGUCCCGUUGCGGCGAUCGCCCGCACGUCAUCAUGGCCGCUGUGGCCACGUUCCGCGGUAGCCACCUGCGGUGCACCGGCCAGCCGGACGUGUUGUCCAGACGCAUGGUGGCCGCAGCUGGCGUCCGUCGGCAGCGCUUCCUGUUCCCCGACAACGUCAAGUCCACCGUGUGCGCCGUGCCGUCGACUGGCAUCCCGCUUAGCGGCACGUUGGUGGCUAACACGACCGCCGUGCUCGACCUGUUCGACUGCGCGCGCCGUCGAUGCGUGUAUGCGCUGACCAAACGCGAACGGCUCCACUCGUUCGUUACUGAGGGCAUGACCGCCGACGAUUUCUACCACGCCUUGGAAAAGAUCGAUUCGUUGAUCGAAGAAUAUCGAUCGAUCGACCGGAUGAUCGACGACAACGACCGAGUCGUCGGUGAAUAA